AUGAAAUUAGUGAUACAACUAUUAAAAAUUGCUGGAAAACUACUAAGAUUAUACCUAAAGUAAAUGAGCUAGAGAUAAAUAAGCCAGAAAUAAGUGAACAAGAGAAUAAAUCAGAAAAUAAGAUCUUUGAAACAAAUGAUGUUGCCAAGCUAGUUAAUAAUUUUUCAUCUGAGACUAACCUAGCAGCUCAAAAAUUAAUUUAUAAUAAUGAAAAGUAUGCUUAUACAAUCGACCAAAUAGCUAUAACUAAGAAUAUAUUAAUAGAUGAAAGUAUUGUCAAAAUGAUAAUGAAUGAGUUCUAUAACAAUAAUGAUGAAACAGACGAUAAUAAAGGAUCUCCUUCUCCUUCUCUGAUAACUAUUAUAGAUACUAUUGAA